AUGCUGAUCACUGCGCGCACGUAUUCGGCUUCUCAGACCCCAGAUCAAGGAGCAACUUAUUCCUACAUUGAACGGUCAUCGCGGUUUCAUACCCUCUCAGGGUGGCAGACAAAUUCAGUGGAUGCUAGAAAAGCGACAGAUAUGUUGUUAAUCCACCAAGUCGGAAGUGUUCGUGUGGGAGAAGUGGUCAGGUAUACAAUCAGAUAUACACCAGCGGCCGAUCCAAUCCUACCUAUUCCUUCAAAUCUCUACGUCAGGGUGAAAAAUACAUCUGCCAUACCAUUACGCGCCGCGUACCUACAUGGCCCGUACACGCUGUACGCCGCUUGUUAUCCCGCACAGUUUGACCCCAACACCAAGUAUGAGAAACAAGGAAUAGAGGGAAUACCGCAAUAUGAGCCAUAUCUCAAGGCCGGAGGCGGUUGGGAUGCCACCAUCCAGAUACCAUCUCAUCUACAGGACGCUCAUAAAUUCGGCUCUCCGGGUCAAGGUGGACCGACAAGCGGACAAAGCGUUACUUGGAUUGUUGAGAUACAAUCUCAGGUGAUAUUCUCGAGUAGCGCCGCGGUCCAUUUUGAGUUGCUAGUGGGCCGAGAUGAGAAAUCUUUAGCAUAUUUCUCUGGCGGCUCAUGGAGCAGUGGGAACGGUCCUCCAGGGAAACUGCAAGAUCACUGGCUACCGCAUACCAAGGGCAGCCAGGCGCUUGCUUCAAACGGUGUAUACUCAAAAUCCAUCGCUGUCAAUGUUGAUGACACAAACAGUCUAUGGAACAGUCCAGCAUUCCCAUCGGUCAAGGAUGCUUCGAAAAUGACUGAUCCGAUGGAUGUGGACUCGCAGCCUUCGGCUGACAAACAGAAGUUGAAUGACAAUACUGAAGCUCCAACAAAAGAAGCUAAAAAGAAGAAGGUUCACCUUGUCUUGCUGACACACGGAUUGCACAGUAAUCUUGGAGCAGACAUGCUUUACCUGAAGGAAAGCAUCGAUUCUGCAAUGAGAAAGUCCGACACAAUGAGAAAAUCCAAAAAGGAAGCCAGCAAAGCCAACGCUCCUCACGUUGUCCCCGUUCGACCGGAUAGUCCAAACUUUCCCACAAGUAGUUCCAGUGAUGCCGGAGAGCAAAAUGAUCAAGCCGGUGAUGUCUCUGAAUCUGAUGAGAGCGAGCAAGUCAUUGUCAGAGGAUUCUCUGGCAAUGCUGUUCGAACUGAACGUGGAAUUCAAUACCUUGGCAAGCGGCUGGCUAAAUAUGUCCUUCUUCUCACAUAUCCUGAUCAGCCUUAUUUCCCUCUCAAAGGCUCGGCACCCAAGCCAUUUUCUCGACCCUUCAUUAGUCGCAAAGACCGAGCUCAACGAUCAUCGACGUCUGGUUCGGCUGGAUCAACUCAAGAGAAUGCCCAACUAGAUCAAAGUGAUGACCAUGCUUACCAAAUUACGAGCAUUAGUUUUGUUGGACACUCUCUUGGGGGGCUGAUUCAAACAUAUGCAAUUGCCUAUAUCCAAAAGCACUCCCCUCAGUUCUUCGAGCAGAUCAAACCUGUCAACUUCAUCGCCCUUGCAACCCCAUUCCUUGGUCUCAGCAAUGAAAAUCCGAUCUAUGUUCGAUUUGCUCUAGAUUUGGGUCUAGUGGGUCGUACUGGACAGGAUCUUGGGUUGAGUUGGACAGCACCGAAAGUUCGAAGUGGCUGGGGAGCCAUGAUUGCAGGAAAAGGGGACGCUGCAAAGGACCAAAAUAAUUCAGAUCCUGGUUCUAAGCCUCUUCUGCGCAUCUUACCCUGCGGUCCUGCCCACGAAGUUCUUAGCAAAUUCCAACAUCGCACCGUGUAUUCAAAUGUCGUGAACGAUGGGAUAGUUCCUUUACGGACAUCGUGUCUGCUGUUUCUGGACUGGAGGGGUCUGGAUCGGGUUGAGAAGGCGAGGAGAGACAAUGGUCUUGUUGGGACUAUGGCUGAAUGGGGGUGGGCAGAGUUGACUGGGGCCAACUCGAAGUCGCCGCGAUUUGUUCGCUCGGAUGAAGAAUCACCAUUGAGCCUCUCGACUACGGAGGCAGAUCCUCUUAGUGCACAUUCUGCGACUCAGGUUGCACAAAGCCCCAACUGUGAUGAAGAAGUGAACACAACCCCACUCUCCCCAAAGCCGGGGCAAUUUCUAGUGCAACCUAAUCCGUCUCACAAGAGCAUCACAGCAAGUGCCUCGGAAAAUACGCCACUUGGUCCCCUAGAUAGCUUCUUCUCACUGUUUCGUCCCAAAGAAGGCAAAAGUCAUAGCGGCAAGAAUUCCAGAAUCUACAAUCGAAGCCAAACUCUGAGCUCUUUCGGAACCGGUGCUAGUGAUCAUCCACCGCCUAUUCCUCACGGACAUGCUCGUGAACAUGAGGGAAUGCACACGCCACCUAAAACGACGUUUUUUGAGUCUGCGGGAGACUUGCUGAUGCCACCCCUGCCCCCUGCAGAUUUCAUUUUGGACCCCGCCUCGCGACCCAGGACGAUUUUCCAUGAUCGCGUCUAUCAUCCAGACGAUAUACCACCACCUUUGCCGGUCAAGCGACGCACAUUGGCCUUUGGCUCGUCACAGGGCAAACAAUCCAAGUCAACACCCAGUUCUAGCAUUCAACAUUCCCCGGGUACUAGCACCAAUCCGAAAAACAGCGAGAGCGGCCUCAAAGUUGAAGAGAAAAUUGCGAGGGCCUAUCACCGCGAUCUGUCAUGGCGGAAGGUCCUUGUUCGACUCGAACCCGAUGCCCACAACAACAUCAUCGUGCGACGUAUGUUCACCAAUGCGUAUGGUUGGCCUGUGGUCAAACACUUGGUUGACACACAUUUUGGCCAUACGCCCAUGGUGGACAUUGAGGAUUCACUGAAGCAAAAUGUGGACAGGGCCAAGUCCCCGAAUGUUGGACCCACUAGCUCCGGUGACGAGGUUGAAGGACAGUCCGAUUCUGCCCAGCCUCAGAUCACCAGGAGAGAUACAGAUAUAUUACCAAGUGUAUCUGGUCUUUAUCUGUCGGAAGAUUUGGCUGAUUAUGACCGAAGCGACAUGUUCGCGGCCGAGCACGAAUCUCACAGGACCCUGAGUGCCAGCGAAAGAGGAACACAUUCGGAGGUAUCCAGGCAAGAUUCGGCACGCUGGACAGAUCGUGAAAUUGAUGAAGAUAAUGACUGCGAGUCCGGCCUGGAGGAGAAUCACUCGGGCUUCCGGUGGUCUCGUUAG